AUGCUACUGAACGACAGGGAUAGAUACAGUAAAUACCAUGAGCAGGGUUAUCUUCUAAACUGGCAAAAGUGGAAGGAAUCGAUUCACAGGUAGGGUAAAUUAUCAAACGCAGAAAAAAGUGCUAUUAUCUUAAUUUAUAUAGCCCAAUAAUAAUAAUAAUAAUAAUAAUAAUAAUAGAGCACAUUUUUCUGCGACAACCUUUCUCUCGAGAUAGCUGUAUAUAAAUUUACGCUGUUUAUUUAGCUGUAUACUAUAAAAUUUGCGUCACUCCAGUUAACAAAUUAACUCCGUUUCGGAGUAGUCAUGACUCCAUUAUCAAGGAAAAAUGUUUUUGAUAAUGCAAAUUACCGCAUUUAAAGCGAUGUGGCGCGAAGAUUAACAUCACAGGGUGCGAAGAUUAUGAAAAUACUUUCGCAAGAAUAGUCUGGUUGCAAUUUGAGAUUUGGCUUUACGGUUCUUAUGAAAAUCAUUUUGUACACUAAAAAGCCAAAUUUGUUCCUGCAUUUCUUACGCACUUCGAAACGUUUCAGCAGGUCCUGAGGGAUCGUCCCGUGCACGUUCUUGUAAUGUUUGGCAAUGGCGAGGAAGUGUUGUUUAUGUCCUUUUACACGAUUGUAUAAAUGUCCGCGCGCGUAACCUACAUAGCCUGCAUCACACAGGUCACAUGGGAAGUUAUAUACUACACACUGUUCAUUUACGAUCGGUGGCUUUGCUUCUUUCACAUUCAGUUCUUGUUCAAUUUUUCGGUUAGCAAACACAGGCUGGAUGGUGGUGUUUACUUUUAGGCGCAGUAACAAUAUCUGCUAGCUUCUGCUGAGAUUUGGUCCGAUGGUAAAACCACUCGAACCCUGUCAUCCGUCUCUUUAACUGGUGAUAAUGGUUGCUGCCGGUCACAAACCUUUGAGUCAACGAAACUUUUGAUGUUAGAGUUAACGAGGUGUUUGGGGUACUUCAAACGCGAGAAUGCAGUCUUCAAUCGAUUGCAUUCGUCUGAGAAGUAAAGUACCCUAAACACCUCGUAAACUCUACCAUCAAAAGUUUCAAAAGUUUUGUCGUGGUCAUUUGCGUGUCUCGGACGUUUUGCUCGACGGGGCAAGAAAAAAGAGAGACUGCUCGUAGUCUAGAAAAAAUCUCGAUUUGCUUGAACAGGGGCCGCGAGGAAUCGGUAGGUAAUGAUGACGUUUCUAUUGUUCGCACCCGCAAGUACGAGAUGGUUAGGAUGACAUAAAGACAGAAAAUCCCGAAGGGACCGCUUAGGUAGAUUUUGUGACGUUUACGCAGUCAUACUUCGAUUCUCUUUUGCGUUAUGUGUUAUCAUUGACAUUCUGAGGAGAAGUCGGUUUGAAAGUUAUGGACCAAAAGACACUCGUUAAGCGCAGAUGAAGUUAUAAGAUGCGUAUAACUGUGUAUAUUAUAAACACUUGGAGAGUUUGCCAGGCACGAAGACACGAAGGUACACGAGUUCACAAAUCUUUGAUUGGAAACCUUUUGAGUGAGUCUUUCUUUCUCUUUGACCAGAAUAAGACUCAGCCCCAAACAAGCAAGACGAGUGAACAACGGCUAGCUUAUCACUAGCAGAACGAUGGACGAUUACAGAAAUUCGCCGACAAUCAAAUUCUGUGCUGACUUAUUGCCUGCUCACAGAUGUCCUUCCGCUAUAAAGUUUAAAAUAAGACUAGAAUGCGCGAGCGCGAAUUGAUCAAACGUCCCUUUAAUUUCUAAGGCUUACUUUCCGGCAAAUCAAAUGAACUGAAUGUGAAAAGUGAAAGAGAAAUAGCGAAAAAUUCAACUUCUAAUUAAGUCUUUUCUUAUGGUUUAGAAUAAACUAUUGAAACUAUUCUCGAAACUGAGAAUGUUUUGAUCAAAGCUGUGUAAAUCGAACUGAAACUGUGCAUGGAACUUUGCGUUUCCUGUAUUUAUCUCACCUAUUGUAUGGAAUAUGUGUGAAAAUCUUCAUUAUGAAUCGGUAUAUUUCAAAGAGCUACACAACGAGCAAGAAUACUAUUGACCGACAAUAUACAGAGCGGGGGCAGCUGUAGUGUCAACUAUUACUAGUAAUAAUAAGGGUAUGGGUUAGGUUGAGAUAACUAUCGGACACCUUUGUCCGGUUCCUCGAAAGAUGGUUAAUUUUAAUCUAGGAUUAAGCUAAAUUUUAAGCAAGGUUCUUCAUGUACAAGAACAUGUAACUCGAGAUUACAAAAUAUCGUUGUGCCGGCUUUACUACGAAAAAAGAAAUGAUAACACAAAAUGUUACUCUAAGUAAUGCAUAGGAAGGUAAAUACAAAAAGUGGAACAAAAUUUUAAUCCUUGAUUAGCGCUAAUCGGCCUUCGAGGAACCAGACCCUGAUUCACAAGAGGAAACGUUUUUAAGCCAUCAGCCUGGACACCUUAGCUCACGGGAAGUGACCAGAUGGCCAUAUAGACUUCCAUCUUACAGUGAACUAUGUUAUAAGUCAUCAAGAACUCCCUGCCGACAAAAGCUAAGCGAGCUGCAGUGACUGUACCAUUGUUUAAUAUACAUAACAGACUUGUAUAGGUUUGUAUGUACAAUUCUUCCUUUCUUUCCCUCUAUCCAUCCAUCUACUCAUCCAGUCCGGCAGUGACCCGGCUCUUGCUAGCCUUGCAUUCAUUUCUUUUUCUUUUAUCUUUCCUUCUUUCGUUCAUUCAUUCUCAGUCUUGCUUCUUUCCUCACUUCUAGCGUCCGUUCAAAUCGCACGCCAUUCCCUUCCCCUUUAAACGUCUGCUAUGCAGGCUAAAAGUUGGCGUUGGCAAUUUCACGCUAAUUUUUUUUAACUAUUUGAUUUACUUCCCUUAGCCUUGCCUGUCGCUGUGCCGAAAGAGCCCUGCAAAAAGGUUAUAAUUACUUUGGUCUGCAGUUUUACGGAGAGUGUUGGAGCGGACCGUUCGCCGAGUUUAAUUACAGUAAAGACGGAGUGUCAGACAGAUGUAUCAUGAAUCUUGAACAGCCAAUUGCAAUUGCAACCGCUUGCGUACAAGCUCAAGAUCAGGAGUGUGUCGGGCAGCAGCAUACUAACUACAUCUACAAACUGAAAUCAAGUGAGAACCAUCAGUUGGUGGAUGGUUCGUAAUGAUCAACAGGCACUGAAACAGCCGCUCUGAAACAGCUUCCUCGUUUAGUUUUGAAAUUUCUUCGUUUGUUUUGGUAGGAAACCAGGUAGCCGUUUUGCUCGUAACUUGCCUGGAUAUCCCGAGUUUGAGUAGCCAAUCAGAGCCCGCGAAAAACGCUAUCCAGUGUUAAAUAGUAUUUAUCAAGAACAAGUUACAGCGUCCGCCAUGUUUCUAAUGUGUUUUCACACGAGAUGCUUGGUACCAGUGCCUGCUGACUCCAUGAUCCAUAUGUGGCCAGCAUGGUUUGCCGUGCCCUUGAAAUGUUUAAGUAAUAUGGGCCAGGUCAAAGAAACUACUUUUGGCUUCGUCAGUUGACCUAAUAAUAAUAUUAUAUGGAACAGUCAACGGCGAACUCAAAUUCAUUCAAAAUCGCUCAAAAAAGCGCUUUUGAGGCAAAAGGACGACUAUACACCACAGGUAAGGUAAUUUAACGUUUAUUUAUCAUUGAUUUAUAUACAUAGUUAGCGAUAUAUCGCUAUAGGUGAAGCAAACGGUAAAUCCAGUACAUUUACUAUAAAAUAACAAUCGGCUACACAAACAGAUUGUGUGGGCGCCCUGUGGUUAUACCGCAAAAGGCCGCUCGAUCUUCGAUCUUCACAGAUCUGGUACACUUGAAAUGUUCCUUGUAUCUGUGCUUUACGAUCGUAUAUGUUUAAGAAUUGAUGUUUUUAAAAUAAAUUGAAUAUUCUGAAUAUUCUGUUUAUAAUAUAGUUUCUUUAUGUGUUCUACUCGAUAACAUUUGUUUUGCGGAACACUGACUCGAUGCAACGCGAAUGAUUUUGUUCAUUUGCUGAUAACACGGGACGAAGAAUUGUAAGCAAUUGAAAUUUAUGCUCAAUUAAGGAUAAUCUUUAGACUCAUACGUUGUGUUUUUGUCAGGGGUCAGGUGCUAUUUGUAGGUAUUUCUGGGUUUAUAUAAGGCGAACUAGAACAGAAACAGAAUGUUUGUUUACAAAUUUUAUUUGCCGAUCGGUGACUGCUUUGUUAGCGUGGGUACGACCUCGUAAAAAUACACGUCGGUAAAUGUUUGUUUCAAAGCAGGACAGGGCUGUAAAUCUUAUUCUUAUCGGCUGCAACAUAUAUCUGAGGAGUAGCAAAGAAUAAACUUGAAUUAUGUGGAUAUAUAAUUUCAAACUAAAUGCCCGGAAAUACUCUCGCGUCGCGAACAAUGAAUUUGAAUUUUGUAAAUUUACUUGCGAGCAUCUAACUCGCUUCCGACUGGUUUAAAAACAAUCAGCUACUGUCAGAACUCACACAUGUGCAUUAUCGUGAACCAGUCCCUUUAACAUGAUAAUCAUUGCUACUCAGUCCAUGAUAACGAAAUGACAUUCUGGGGGUGUUUACAGUGAAGAUAAGAGACCAACUCUCAUUUCUGUCGAGAGAGGCGCAAAUUCACUUGAUAGUGAAAUACAGAUGAAUCAAACCGCCGUCCGGUUAGCUCCAGCCCUGGUCGUUCAAAUGUUGGAUAGAGCUAUCGACCGGAUGAAUCACUAUCCAGCGGAUAAGUAUUAGGGAAACCAAUUGCGUUAUCCACUGGAUAGACUAUUAUCUGGUGGAUAGCGUUAUCCACGGUUUGAACAACCGGGGCCAACUGGAUAAGCACCGGUCCACUGAGCCAGAAGCCGGGGUUUCAAACCCAGGCCAGACCAACUCUCGAUCAGGAUCUUUAAGUAACUGACGAGAAGUGCUGCCUAUUUAAGGUCAUCUGUAAACGGUUAGACUUUCUAGUCCCCAGUCUUGGGAUAAAAAGAAACCUUAAGCCUCGUCUCACAGUUCUUGUUCAUAUCUUGAAAUGCUGUGGGAAGUUAAAGAACCCAGACACUGUUUGUAAAGAGUAGGCUGAGUAGCGGACCCAUUACCUUCCACACGAAUUUCCCGGAAACCUUUUGAAAAUGGUAAACUUUGAAAUGAGCAGACGUUAUGGUGAAAGCAAUUUCAAUCCAAUAUGUACAUGCACAGAGUGUUAUUUAUACUCCUCAAUAACACAAAAUGGUGGUCGCAGGAGCUAUUAUACCUCAAAUUACUUUGAAAGCCGCAAAGCAUUCUGCAUUCUAGUUAGUAGUAGAUCAACUCUUUUAACCCUUUAAAGGUCAAAUGAACCAAAAAAUUGACAUAUUUUCUUUUGUCGCUUUAACUUCACCAAACACUAAAAAGAACCAUCCUAAGUGAGAUUUGGGUAAAGAUUUUUCUUCCCAAGCCUUUAUAGAAAGAUAAAAGAUCAAAAUCCGAGCAUUUCCGAAAACUUCACGAAAACGUUUCUGAAAUGGCCGCGUGAUAGACUGGAGACUACGUGACGUCAAUGUUGGUCUUUCAGGGCGGAAAACCGUUCUGCGCUAGCUUCUGCGCAUCCCUUACCGCCUUCUUGUCUGUCUCGUUCUGUGAGAGUUCUGACUGAGACUGAAUGAAAUACACGAGGUGCGAACGUUUGCUCCUUGUAAAGGAUUUUUUUGUUGUUUUUGGCGUUGUUGUUGCUUUUUCGUCACUUGAAAAUUACUUUGGAUUCAGACCAACCAUUGUUAGGGUAGAAACAGAUCAUCCGUCAGUCUGAGGAGGAAUAAAACGUUUUGAACAUUUCCAAAGAGGUUUGUAUUUCUCUGAUAAUUGUGCGUUCGAUUUGUGAAUUGAUUUUGUGUCCAGUUCUUCGCCUUCUUUCGCCGGACUGAAUUAAAACCCGCUUGUAUUCUGUUAUUAGUAGUUAUGGUUAGUUUUUUUACAUGCCCAGAUUUAUUUACCUUUGCAGAACCUCAACCAGCUUUAUCCUUGUCUUAUGUCAAAGAACCGUAAUGCUAACGCUUGAGUGAACAAACUUGAGCGCUUAAAACUUCCUCGGAACUUUAGAAGAGGCCCUGCCAGGGUAAAUUCCGACAAGCGACAUGACCCAAAAAGUAGCGACAGAGCCUAAAACGAAAUGGCGACAAGCGACAACCUCCCUCGGCCAAAUUGCGACAGUGACGGCAAAGCCGAGAAUAUGCGACAAAGAACGGUGGUUUGGCUAAUUUAUCACCAGUCUGAGUGCCAAGAAGAAGUAAUUUUCGUCAAUUUUCCUUGCGCUUCAGAGGUUGUCUCUCGUCAGGGAGUUUCAGUUGACCCUCCUGAGCGCGUCGCGUUGGCCCGUCGCGUAGUCUUCAUUUACGCAACCCCGCACAACUCCUGGGAGACCUUGGGACUAGGUUGUCCGUCAAAUAGCUUAAUUUACGCACGCUUUACAUCUCUUGUAAUCACUACUUUCAUAUAGACCAUGACGCACCUUGUUUUCCCCCUCAGAAUUUUGCAUAACCAAUGUUUCCAAAUUCUCCAGGGUAUUACAGUCGUCCCAAGAGAAAUCGAAAACAAUGGUUAUGCAAAGUUUUGGGGGGUAAACAAGGUGAAUUAUGGUCUAUGUGAAAAUGGUGAAUACUGAACUUGUUUCUCAUAUCCUUGUCGACCUCUGUCGGACGGUGACGACGGUGGAGAGACCAGGGACCAGGUAACUUAAGCACCGCACAGCGUAGACCACCGUUAACCGGCCUUCACGUACGAUUUAUCAGGUCAGUUAGUCUUAAAAUGUUGAACGUGGAUCACUUAGGGUGUGCUGACAGUGUUCCUUUAAGCGAAUCCAAAAACGGAUUUCUGAUCCGAGAUUUGCCGGAUUUCCCGGUCGAAAGGAACGUGAAAUCCGUAAUUGGAUUUGUGACCUUGGUAACCUUUCGCAAACGCGUGCAAUAUGCAUUACAGCCUGAGCCUCUCAAGAAAAUGACAUGUUUUCUACUGUUUGACAAAUUAUGCGAUUAUACCGUACAGAAUUUUGUGGUCGGCAGUUCGAAUAACGAUGAUGGAACAUAAACAGAUCAAGAAAGUAGCAUGUUAAAGUUGAAAAUUAUCUAAAGGUUGUCGGCUCAGUUUGAUCCAGUUUCGUAGCUCGGUUUUCUAUGUAACACGAUCGAGUGCCUAUCGCGUCCAAGAGCGAGUCUGUAGAAAGAUAGCAGUUAUUUGUCCCUUUUACUUAUUUGUGUUUUUAAGCAAUCUUUAGCGACAAAUGGUCAGCACAUGGACAUUUUACUGUACCACCAUGAACAAUCUUCUAGUGUUUUCAGAUGUUUUACGGCAAAUGGCAGCAAUUAGGAAACUCUACGGGAAUACUUCAACUGGAAGUACAGCUGGAUCAUCUGACUAAUUUCGAAUCCACUGUGAAUGGAACAGCGUAGAUGACUAAUCCGUUAAUCUGGAUUCGGAUUCUUCGGAUUUCAAAUCCAAAGUGACUCCUUUUUCAAAAAGGAUUCACCAGAUCAAAAAUCCGAAUUUCGAUUUGCCGAAAGGAACGUGAAAUCCGUUUUAAGAUCCAAAUCCGUUUCUGGAUUCACCGAAAGGAACACACCCUUAAUUGUGAAUGGCGAUGUAUAGGUGUUCUAUACGCGAACGGUUAACUGAGAAAUUGCUCAACUGUAAUGGUUUCUUUAAAACCCAUCGCUAUCCCCCUUUUCUAAAAUUCCGAGAAAGACAAAGAAUUUUCGUUCAAUUUCCGACAGCGACGUGAAGCACUAAUAAACACCGACACGAGACGUUUUAAAAUUCAGACGAGCGACAUGGGAACCCCCCGGCAGGGCAGGGCCUCUUAGAAGGCCAGCAAGCUUACUCGAGAAGAAAAGACUACUUCGAUCAUUUUUCUGUUGCUCAAGUAAUAAUAGUCAGAGUUUUUUUCCUUUAGUUUUUUCAGUUUUAAUUACAUAGUUUUGUUAUCUUUCCGUACGCAAAUUUUCCUUUCACUCGCUGUGAGGUAGCGGAGAACGAGAACUGCCAGCAGUGACUCCAAAACAAUCGACUCUUUGCCCGUAAACAAUUGCUGGAGCUGGAUUUGACUGAAGCAAGCAAAACAAAUCCUUAUGUGCAGUUUUCUGUAUUUUCUAAUGAUUCAGUUUGCUGAGUUUAAUUUGCUUGAAUGAAGACCAUCGCAUGGACCGGUUAUUACUAAAAAAAGUAGCUAAUCUAGCUAUUAAAGUAGUCGGAAUCAUGGCUUGGCUGCGAAGCUUGCAACUGAUCUUUUGCUUUUAAGAUCUUUAGGUAGGUUGUUUCCGUACAGAAAAUUCACUUCUUCUUUGUCAGCAGGUAUAGGAGCCUUAAGCCUUAUGUUUUUUUACUGAAAAUUUGUUGUCUUGCAACCCUAUUGAAGCUUUUUUUAGUUCACUUAAGCUGAAUUUUAUGCAUGAUGGAAUUGUUCUUUGCUUGUCGCAUCUCUUUGCCAGCUUAAAGUGGCGUCUAUGGUCCUUAAAAUGACCUCAAUCGGUAACUAAAUCUUAUACAUAAUUGGAAAGAAGUUUUUGUAAUAAUGUAACUUUAACUUUGUUUGAAGGAAAUCUUACUUACGCGUAGGUUUUUAACAGGUGUUAUGCAUGUUCAACUUGACAACACAAAGCAAACUUAAUCUGCGCGAAACGAUCAAGUUUAAAAAAACUAUGGUUUCUUUGAAAACGAUCUUGGGGAAGAUUUACUAGAUAAAGGUUAACUCUUUUUCUGCCCACAUAUCAACGCCAAAACUUCUACAUUAAGGAUUUUGUUUAUUUUAGUGAUCUGCGAAGCGAGAAGUGUCCGAUCAAGCGUGGGUUUUAAAAUAUCAGCUUGAGUGCGACAAAGUUCAGUGAUUUCAAACACAUUGUGGGCAAACUUGAAUUUCUUUGGGCAGAUUAUUAUACAAAGAUAUUUUGUUUUUGUGUCCACGGUGGAGCUCCGGACCUUAUAUAUCCAGGAACUUCCUUAUAUGAACACAUUUUGUUCGCCCCAUGUAAGGUAAUCCAAGAGAGUCUUGGAUUCCGGAUUCCACGCUGUGGAUUCCGGAUUCCAUGCCUGUGGAUUCCGGAUUCCACAUCCGUGGAUUCCGGAUUCCAUAAGUGGCUGGAUUCCAGAUUUCAAAAUUCUAUUUUCUUGUUUUCAACGUUUCCUUUGUACUUUGUUUUCACCAAAAAAGCUUGUUCUUUUUUUACCCGAAGUGUGCAUUGUCUUAUAUAAAAUAUAAGUAUAAAAUAUAAUUCUUGGCCUUACCCGAGAGGAUUAUGAAUAUAGGAGCGGUUUCUGAAGUCCACUGAGUCCACAUCGUUGAAGAAAUACUAACGAGGAAGGGCUAUUCUUAUUUUAAUAAUAACAACGGCGUCAACAAUAACAAAAGAGGUACACAUUGCCAAAAUCAGUGCUUUUCAGGUUCAAACAUAAUUCGUCUCCGAAUUGUUUAAUUGCCACACAGAAAUGUAAAACUUCAGUUACAGCUUACCAACAAAUAGCGUGAAGAUAGUCCAAUUACUAUACUACAAGCUACGCAGGCAACGGAAACGUUUAUCUUAGAAUAAACCGUGUCGUUCUCCGUCCUGAUAAACUAACUCCCGGCAGUCUUAUCGGGAGGGAUACUUCUCCCUCAUCCUCUGCAGUUGGUGGUGCAGUUUCAUUCUCAUUGUCAUCAUCGUCACCGUAGUCCCCAUUAGCAAUUCGACAGAGCCUGUUAUCCUCCUCUGUUGUUAAAAUGAUGUCUGAUCCAUCGGAAGAAAAGUCGAGUACUCGGGUUAGAAUGCACUUGGGGGAAUUCCCAUUACAGACAUCACCGGAGAACUUAAUAACAGUGUAACAUAGCUGUUUAUCUAUUUAGCUCUCGUACCAUAGCUAAAUGAGUAUUUACCAGUUACUUAAUGCUAUGCAUUCUUAUUAAAAAAUAACUAACGGAUUUGUGGCUAUUCUUCCCGCAGCUGCAUGUAGUUUACACUCAAUGAACUGAUGUGUAGUCAUUGAACUACUGGUGUGGUUAUUGAUCUGUUGUGUACUUAUUGAACUGCUGUGUCGUUAUUGAACUAACAAAAAAGAAAAUUGAUGGAUAUUUUAUGAAAACAUGAAAGGCCCCUAAGAACACUCGACUGCCUAAAAAGUGAGAUGUGGAGAGGUUUUGGCCACGAAAUCUUGGUUCGUGUAGAAAAACACGUUUUUGCGGAGCCGGGAACGAUGUGAAGAUGUCUGCAAUGGAAAUUCAGUUGACAAGUUCCUCAGACCUUUUUAAGCAAUUUCCGGAGCUCUACGGUGAAGUAAAUUCGAUAAUUUACUUUGGAUUCACUUUGGUAUGUUCGUUUCAUUGAUCAAAUGCUCUAUUUAAUUAGCAUGUCUGUAAAUGGUAUGGAAACGCUUUCACCUUCGAAUAUAAUUUUGAUCAAAGAAACGCUUCAGUAAGUGUUCGCACAACCACCGCUUUUUGAGCAGAAAACACGAAUAGAACAAACAACGACAACUCCACAGACCUUGAACUUUUCUUUUCUUUCUCCGCUUUUCUCUCUUUCUUUCUUGGACUCCGGUACAUAAAUUUGCAAGAUAGUUAGCUCAUAAUUCUGAACAUGAUAGAAACAGACAGAUAUAGCUGCUCGAAGUUUUAGAUUACUGUUUCACACAUUCUGAUCUUUUCAAAACCACGCCGCCAAAACAUUUCCAUCACAAAGUCGCAAACACCGAAUUUAUAGACGUACGUACCUUUCCGACUCAUGCUUUUUCUUGUGCUUCCCCAUGCUGACAAAGAUUGAUAACGAUCGAUUGAGAAAAAAAAUUCAAAGUGAUCUCUCGAGAUGUCUGAUUUCGACUGAUUGAAUCUGGACUGAAUGAAAGACACCACGUCGACACCACGUGCAGCAUGUCAUUCUUUGAGUGACACGGAUGACAUGUGCCUGAAAGAAGCCAGUAACUGCAACCACCCCGACUACUGAUACUACGGCCAAGAAAAAGGAUACUUUAUAUUAUUAUUCUUUUGACGUUACCUGAAAUCCAAAAAUUAGUUCCAAUUGCGCCCAAACAGGAAAAGAAUCUAAACCUCCGAUUCCAAAGGCGCAACGGGGAAAAAGGUCGAAAGGCCCGGUCGAAAGGGUGUCUUAUAAGGAGCUCGAAAGAGCGAUAAUAUACAGUAAUAUGAAUCACUCCCUGGGAUUCUGUCACGUCAUUAUAAUGUGACCAUUGUUUCAAAUUGAUACCCGAUAUGUUACAAUGACAAGGGAUGUUCCUGCGAGUGAAACACGCGUGAACAUGCCUGUUGCGCGUCCUUGCGACAUGAGAUUUUCACGCAACAGUCGCUAAAGGAAAAGAAGAGGCCCUGGAACCAUCACAACAGAGUGGAUUCCAGCAACCUGGAUUCUGGAUUACAAUGCUUGGAUUCCGGAUUCCAUUAGCUGGAUUCCGGAUUCCAAAGCCGUGGAUUCCGGAUUCCACAGACCAAAAUUACCUGGAUUCCGGAUUCCGGAUUACCUUACAUGGGGCGAUUUUGUGAAUGCAUCUUGAAAAAUAUCGGACUCACGCACGCACAUUUCCAAUACAACUCAAGGAAAUUAGUAAAUGUCGUUACAGUCCGUUUUACUAUGAUGUAUUCUUCGAGAAAAUUAAAUAAAAAUAAGAAGGUUAUAACCACAGCUUGCAACUUUUGAAGACAAAUUGCCUGUUCUUUCCAGGUCUAUGACCGCACAAACCACUUCUGCUAAGUCGACUCGAAAAACUCUGUUUUGAAUUUCCCGCUUUUUUUACCUGACCAACAUUGACGUCACAAGCUGUUUUUUCCGACAAUUUUUCCGACCGCUCUACGAAGAUAAGGGCCAAAAAACAGCAAUUUUUAAUUGCGAAUAUCUCGGAGAUACGUGCUUCAAUUGAGCUGAAACUUCAUAGUAUGUUUAUUUGGUUCAUAUUAAACACAUUUUACUAGAAUUGAACUAAAAUAAAAAAGGUCGAAAUUUUGGUUCAUUUGACCUUUAAGCUCCAAUAUCCACUUAAGAAUUCUUCAAACUGGUCUCUAUACAUUUAUUUAAAAGGAUAAGUUGAGAGAAUUUGAUAAAAGAUCAAAGCAUUUUCUCUUAGGUGAUAAUUUUAUUAAUUUCUAAAAACCUGAUUUCUUGACCUUGUAUGGAGAUUGUUAGGACAAAAUUGAUGUUGGUCAUUAUUGGAACUUAAACGGUUAAAACAAGUAAAAAGAAAUAAUCUGUUUUUUGCUAGUUUAAUUUGUUCGUAUGUUUGACCUUUCCUAUGCUUAAAGAUGUGAAUCAUUGUUUCUAAUUUUUUAAAAAUUCACUACUUAAAAGAAUUCCUUUGAAUGAGUUGCAUUUUCCAUUUUAUCCCACUUUUACUUCCGGUUUUAUCAUUUAAAACGCUAAUUUGUAACACGGUUGACUUUUUUUGAUACGACAUAAAUAUCCGGAAAAACAUAGAACAAACAAUUUCAUCGUCAUUUUGGCUUUAAAACAUGCUUAAUUUUAUGUAAUUUAGGUUAGAUGAUAUUUACUUCCGGUCAAAAUGGCGGCCAGUUUAAUUUUCACUCCAAAAACCAGUUUAACAGGAAAAAUUUGCGAUGGCACCAUAUCACAUAUUAAUAGUCAAUUAGUUCUGUCAUUCCUGAAAAUUUGGUGCUUUUAACAAAAAGUGAACAAUCCGGCCCCAAAUCUGCACAUAUCCUCCCCACUAUCCAACUUACUUUGAAUCGGAAAUGACCGGAAGUCCUAAAAUCUAGGACUUCAAAUCCUGUGUCCCCAGAGCCUACUGGUCGUCGUGCUCAGGCCCCCAGGAGGCUCUCGGUACGACAAUGCCUAGUCCCGGUUCGGCGUCUUCCCAGGCCUUCUUGCUCAAUGCAUUUCGUUGACAUAUCGGAGACAAACGUGACCCGAAACGUAUAAGAAGAAAUCUCGUUCCGCUUCAGUUCCAUUUUCUCAGAAGUUCAAAUUUCAAAGUUCAAAUUUCAAGUUCAAAGUUUAAUUUCAAGUUUCAAAGGUCAAGUUCAAAUUUUUGACACGGUUAUUUCCCCAAUACUCACGUACGGAAGCGAGGUCUGGGGGUCGAUCACGACGGAAAGCUAGAAAAUGAUCCAAUUGAGUUUGUUCAAACAAAGUUCAUUAGGUGGCUAUUGGGAGUUAACAAAUUCGAAAGCUCAAAUGCAUGCAGAUCGGAGGUAGGCCGUUUCCCAAUGCGAACGAAGACCAAGUGCAGAGCCAAAAAAUAUAGGCGGAAAUUUUGUGAGCCGGAGCACCAAAAUGAACUCUCUGGAAUUGCAUUUACAGACCAAAUUGGUCAAGAUAAAAAGGAACUUUGGUCAAGCAAAUUAAAACGGCUAUUAAAUCUCGCAGGUCUGGGCGACAUAUGGUCAGCGAAAACGAACACUCCCGCAAUCAUGAGCUAUAUACGACAGAGACUCUUAGACUAGAACGGCAAACAUGGAUUAGCGAAAUACACAAUGAUGAACGAAAGGACCCGCAUCAAAAAAACAAACAAAGAACUUUUAGGAAAUUUAAACUUACCCAUGACUACGAAAAUUACCUCACAAAUGUAAGAAACAUCAAUCAAAGAGUAGCAAUCACAAAGCUAAGAUUAAGCAACCACAAACUAGCAAUUGAAACUGGACGAUACGUUAAACCCUAUCAACCACCAGACCAAAGAAUCUGUCCAUUAUGUAAAACUGUAUUAGAAGACGAGGAGCAUUUUUUGAUGAAUUGCAUAGCCUAGGAGGAUCCUAGGAGAGAGCUGUUCAAUACGCUAAAAAAGGAAACUAAUCUCUUUCUUGACUCUAUGACUCCAAGCUCUGCCUUUGCAACGUUGAUAAGUAUGAAGCAAGGAGAGAAAAUGCAAAAAAUUGUGGCUAAAUACGUAUGUGAUCGCUUCCGCGAAAGAGAUAGACGCGUUAAAUAUAACCUUGUUUAAUAGUUGUAUAAAUUCUACAUAUGUACACCACUGUAAUUAUUGCACUAAAUCUUUGUUAUCCUUGUAAACACAUGUGUCUGUAGGCGCUGUGUUGAUAAUAAAGUACUUAUCCUAUCCUAUCCUACCCUAAUAUCCUAUCCUGAGAAUCUCAGGCCAUACGCAAAUGAGAUAUAGCUAGCCAGUCAUUGAAGCGAACGAUGUUGUCACUCGUGAGGCCAGAAACAAAAUGCUUCUUCCAAAUCAAAAAUGACAUUUUUCCAUGUGAGGAAAACUAUACGUUCAGUCAAACCUCAAACGCCGCAGCGCGUGUGUGCUGAGUUUCGCUCCAAGUUGCCCGCCUUUUAUAACGCGGGUCAGCAGUCCCGAAAACCUGAACAGAAUAACUUCGUAACUUACAUAAUUUCAUUGCCACUGACGAAAACACAAAAAUAGAAAGAGAAAAAGCAAGUAAGCUUGAGUUCCACUUUUAGUUAGAGCUGUUAAGUCUCCUGUUGACAUUCUUCACACUAGCCCAUUACCAGAAAUUUAAGACAAAAUGGCGGACGCCCAGACUCGACCCAGACCUUCCGCUCUCUAAGAAUGGCCGCCGAUCGUUAUAGAGAAAUGUAUGGAGAAAAUUGAAGAAGUGGAAAUUUCAGAUCUGAGGUAGCACACACGACAUUUGCCGACCUCUAAAUGUAAAGUGUACGUAUCAUAUCUUUAUUUACGGUAGUUUUGGUCUCUCGAAAGUUCGCCAACGGGCCGCAAACAACACAUUUUACGAACGGCUGUUACAGUUCCUUGAGCUCUCUAAUUCUUUCAAAAAAGCUUAGAGGUGCCUACCUUCUCUCCACAUUUUAGAACAUUUCGUUGAUGUGAAUCCUUAGUGCCGACCUCUCUAAUCAUCGAUCGAUGUUCAAACUUUAAAACGUGAUAUAAAUCAGCCUUGAUCCAUUCCCCAAAUGGCCGCAAAAUUUGCGAUAAAAGAGGUAAAAAUACAUCCAUUUCUGCGAUAAAAGCGGUACAAAACGCACCACUGCGCUUAUUAUUCCUUGUGAAAAGUAGGGUUUCUGUCUCCACUUUGUUUUGAUCGCCAUCUUUACAGGUAGGUACUUCAUAUAUGAUUAUUAUUAUACAGAAUGUCGCUGGCUAAGUGUACUGUGGGCCCUAAUUUUUGAAAAUUAUUUUUACUCUGCCAAGUCACGCAUGAAUCGAAGUUGUUUCUUCUCUCUAAAAUCGUCAUUCGAACAGGAGCCCGGACUCUAGUUUCCCCUUUUUCAUUCUCCCUUGUAUUGACUACCUCAAAAAAGAAAUUAAAUUGAUUCAGAUCCUUUGAUAGUGUUUCAUUUCAGUCCUUGUUUUUUCAACGUACGGCUUUCUUUAAGCCGCCAUCUUGAUAAUUUGAAACCGCGUGCCAAAAUUUCUGGUAAUGCAUUUCAGUCACAUUUUUGUCGUUUUCAUGGGAGUGCUUCAGGGAUCAUGAAAAGACUGUUGAGUGCUUGUUCCUACCCACCCCGGGUUUUAGAGCUAUUUUUUUAGAAACAAGGUAAAAGAUGAUUUCUUUAAUGGACCAGAACUAAAAUACCCCAUUCUCUGCAGGUGCUCUCUGUAAGCACAUGUGCCCCACAAUGGCUUAUCUGGUCAUUUUGUUGCUGUGUUGUUCCUGUGUGCAAUCAUACAGAGGAAAGUCAUACAAGUCAAUUUUUUUCGUUGUUUCAUACCAUAUUUGCAGGAACACGGUUGUGUUGAGAUCCAGAAAUUUUGCUACCAUGGCAACGUGACACAACGUCUUAUCCUCUCUGUCGACUUUCAGUUGAAUUUAAUAAUCAUUGCUUGGCGAUUUUAGAUACAAAUGCACUCGCAGCUAAUUAAUUUGUCAAAUAUUCUUACAAACAGAAAAUGUUUACCAUGAUCUUGGGUAAUAGCUAGAGUGCUUUCCCAGUUAAUGUAACUUCAAGGAAACGCUCAGUACUCUUUGGAAAUCUUAACAUUAGGUCUACUUGGGGGUUAGGGAUGGGGAAGGGGACAUGAAAUGUUCUGAAUUCGCCUCAUGAAAAUACGAAACAAAACUCAGUAAACAUGAAAAAUUGAUCGACGGGCCAGCUGUUUCUUAAACGGUUUGUUUUUGUUUGAAUGAAUUGUCUGAAUUUUCGUAAGCUUUUUAAAUUAGUAGGAAACAGCGUUUUUAAGGAUCUGAUCGAUCGAUAGACAAGGCAGUAUUUGCAGUAAAGGCGAGCUGACUGCUAAAUUAAAACUAUGAUGAAUUUUAAAGACAUCUCUGUUUUUUCUCCUUGCCAUAAUUGCUGUCACAAUAACGCCAUCAGUUUCUGCAUAUUUUUUAGUACCAGUUUGUUUAACAUGUGGGACGUUCAGGUGCCGCUUGUUCAUUGAUGUUAAGAAUUCUAUUUUUUUGGACUGAAAGUUAUUAAACAAUAUAUCUUUAUUCCUGCUGAUAAAGGUAAAACUAUAUACCGAUGUUCAUAGUUGACGUCAGCAACUUAUCAAUCGAAACAUAUUUUAGAAUUUUGAAGCUGUCCAUACUUUCGACCUUUUGUUUGAAUUUCCUUUGCUUGGACAGACACUUCAGUUAUGAACUUUAAUUACAUCAUUAAAUUUUAACUAUUUAGUAAAUUAGGGCUAAACAUUAAGCAAACUUUAAUUUACACAGCAGCAUCCUCUUGGCUAUGCUUCUGCUACGCUGGCUGGUAACUUGAUUUAAAAUACGAGUUUGUAAGAACCGUUGUGUAAUUAACAUUUCGCAAUUUUUGAACUUUUUGAUGUGCGACGGUUAUGAAAGCCUUUUAUCAGAAAUGCCCGGUUCAGCGUCGCAGUGCUGCGGUAGAGAAAAGCUGCACUUCUUUUCAAGAGCAAAGUAUUUAUAUUCACCAUUCAACAAGAGACAAUUCAAGUUUUGAGAAUUCCGAUGUCCUCAACCGGCCCAGGCGUUUUCAGCAUUGUUCGCCACAACGGCAACGAGCUUUUUAAUAUUUUCUUAUCCUCUACAUUGGCAGGACAGGUCGAUCACUGAAACGACACGUGUCAAUCGAGCUCAACGUAUUAAUUAACUUGCUAUAUUCAAAAUUAUAUAAUAUAUAUUUAUGAAAUCUACAAAUUUUACCCGAGAACUUCCUUUACGCAGGCACACCCUGUUCACGAAAACAAUGCUGUAAUAUUGCAGAGAUAAGUAACAUGAUUUCCUCACUCAUUUUCUGCUUCGUCGUUGGCGCAGUUUUAGCAGCUGAAGAAGACUCUAGGUCUGCCUACAUCAAAACGAAAGAGAACAAGCGUUUACAUGGCUAUGUUGUCAAGAAAAUCGAUUCUACGGAUGAAAUGUCGUGCAGUCAAGCAUGUUUAAGACAUUCUUGGUGUACCUCUUCUAACUUCAAAGAGUCCUCGGGCAAUUGUGAACUGAACAAGCAUAAGUUCUCAACUACUGACGAUGACACCAAGCUCACUGAUAAUCCAGGCACAACGUUUUCAAUGUUUUUUAAGGUAAGAAAAGUUUUGAAUUUUGAUUGCUUAGACAACAAAGGCGUGCGUUUGCAGACGAGCCUAAUUUCUGUGUGCAAGAAGAAAUAGACUUCUGCACCCAGGCUAAGGCAACAACUGUUCAAGCGAAGGUUAAAAAAUAAAAAAAUUGUUAAAGCAGUAAAGUUGAGUUGUUGUAAAAGAGCACUAGCUAGCACUCGCAUAAUGAUUUCAGUCAUAUGUUUCGUAUGGGAGCGAGUCAUGUUUUCCUUUCCCAAAUUUUUCAGUUCAGCAAAAUCAUUAUCGAAGGCAAUGUUUUCUUCCCUAACAAGAGACUUACAUGUUUUGAAAAUAAAGUUAAGAGAAGUAUAGAGUGCAAACAACCAUAAAUGUUAACUGGAAGAGGAACGCAGAUACAUUAGAUUUGCUUUGGGUCAUCCACUAGAUUAGGUAUUGCUAUUUGGAUGAUCCCAACUCGCUCUCCAUUUUGUUGUUCCAAUUUUUUCUUGUAUUCCUUAGUUGUACUGUGUUUAGAUGCCUAUGUAAAUUUAACUUUAUGUCAUGUAAAACUGAGCUGAGUUUAAUAAAUCAUCUUGUCGAGUCUUGUCUUGUCAUCUUGUGCCGUUAAAAAUGUUGAGGGAUCAGUCUCGCUACCCGCAAGAAUCUGUAGCUAGUACGUCGCUCUCCCCUGCCCGAGAAAGAGUGGCUAAAACAUCGCCUUUCUGGUAUAUAAAGCUGUAGGAAGUCGAUGGAAAACGAUGUAUAUCAUUUUAGCUUACCGAAAUAACGUAUGAACAUGCAUUUUCCUCAGGGCUGCCUAAUGGCUGGAUGCCUUAACGGAGGUUCUUGUUUGUUCGACGAAGGGAAAGAUGCGUUUGCUUGUUCAUGCAGUCCGCAAUGGAGAGGAGUAAAAUGCGAAAUGGGUAGGUCGAAACUACUGCUCUUGUUCCUUAAAUACGAUAGACAGUCUAGGAGAACAGUGAAAGACGGACCAGGCUGAAAAAGAAAUCACACAACUUUCUAUACUUUAUACGUGGCAAUUUUUUUUUAGAAGCCAGGAAAGAGCCGAAUCUGCUCACUGGUUUUCUCUGGCAAUGCAGUUGAUAUAUAGUUCUCAGGGAUUAAUUUACAUCCCGUGUAAUAUAAGAAAAGUAUGUAAUGGUAUGAGACUUUGGCGUUUACCGUUAGCCUCGCGGAAUGUGGAAAAGACUUUGCAUUGGAUCCGGCCAAAUUUUAUGUGACGCUCAAAUUAAGGUAAGUGAUACCUAACACUUGGAUCAACCCAACAACUACUGAACACAUCACGGACCUUUUUAUACAGAGAAUUUGCAUCUAGCAAUUCGAUAUUAUUAUGUUUGCUUAACGCUUUUCGGCGAAACACUGGUCAAUCGUCCGACAAGGAAACAGCUAGAUUCUAAAUAGAGGGGUAAAUUGUUUUAAAAUAGUUCGUCGUAAGGUAACAAAGUGGCAAUGCGCAAACUUGGCACAAUUGAUAGCCAUGUAUAGGACAUUGAAAAACAUGCAUGUUUUGCUCGGCCGUUAUUCUUGAAAACCAUCAAAAAAUUUUAUCAUUUAGCAAAAACUAUAUGAAACCUACUGAAACCUCGAUCCUGUUUGCUUCUCGAGGACUAUAUAUAAUCUCUGGGCUCCAAAUGCAGAGCUUCACGUCAUUUACUGUAUACAAAUAAGCUAACUUCUGCUAUCUUCUAUCUCCCUUUAAAAUAUUUUCUUUGAGUGCCCAUAACAUUACCACAUAUUAUUGUGUUACCUACGAGUUUAAUGAUCAUAAGAAAUAGGCCCUCUAAGGAGGGUUACGUAUGUCCAGAGUCUGAAUUUCAAAAACUGUCGUUUCUCGUAUUGAGGAGGAGGCCAUGUCGCUGUCAGGAUUUCACUAUUGUAUUUGUGCUUUUAUUCUCUGUCGCUGUCGCAGUUUCAGUUUCGUUUGUGGCCAUUUCUGCUGCCCUAUGUCGCUGUUUCAAGGCCAUUUUGCUCCAGUGUCGAAAUUUACACUAACAGGACCGCAAGAAAGUGGUCAAAACAAGUGUAAUCAAAGGAGACCCACCUAAGGGUGGAGCUACAGAAAACACAACUGUUGUAUGCGUGGGCCUAAUGGGUUUUAAGUCUGAAAAUGAAAAAGGAAGUGUGAAAAUAAGACGAUGCCCUUAAUGUUUUGUAUGCACCUAAGCCUAAUAAGCCAGGAUUAUCAGAAAAACUGCGUAUAGACAUUUACGUUCAUCCAGGCAUUAAUAAAGUAGGUAUAAAGAGGAAACACAUUUACAAACAUUAACAAGCCAUCAGUUUUUCCAUGAAGUGGUGUGUCGUCUAGCUUAGCCACUUCCCUUAUUGUGGCACGCAAUUAAAGCAAACCGUAAUCAUCAAGAUGAUUUUCUACGAAAGAUUUCAAGAGAAUGAAAGAAUCAUUUUGUUAAAUCAAAUUCAUUUAGAUAAAUCAAUAUAUUCUACUUACUGUUUUGCAGACACAAACGAGUGUAAGCCAGGAAAGCAUCGCUGCGACUCGAAUGCUUUCUGUAACAACACUAAAGGCUCUUACAAUUGUACAUGCAAACCAGGAUAUUUUGGAAAUGGCUUUAACUGCACAGGAUAUUGUAACAAAAGCCCUGAUAACAAAAACCUUAACCUGACAUGAAAAUAGUUCUAUUCAGCAUUUCUUUUUUCGAAUAGACGCUUUUAAGCACGUCCUUUCGAUUCCGAAUUCGAUGUAACACUUAAAAUCAUGGAUUAUAUUUCUCAACUUUUUUAACUUCAAAAUUGAUUUGGCAAAGAGAGUAACUACUUUAUUUUACUAUUCAUGAGAAUAUAAUGACAAUGUUAAUGUCACUAUUGAAAAAUACAAAUUGGAAUGAAAGUUGUGAAUCAGUAUUAUUCACUAUAGGUUUGAUUUUCGGCAAUAGUGCAACAACUUCAAACCGCCUUGGAUGCUUCUUAGCAAACAGAUCAACUACUUCUUCCAGAUCAAUGUCUGUUAGCUGUUAGAUAGUCGGGAUGUGCAUGUUGUGGUUCAGUUUUAUUUCUGGUUUAAUUCUUAUUUCCCUAACUCUUAAGUUUUGGGGGCAUGUUAAUGUAUGAUAAUGAGACAAAAGAAAAUAAAAAUUAAACCAAUUAAGGAUAAAAUUGAACCACAACACAUAUACUUUAAAACAGCCAGAGAAGAGAACCUGUACUUUAAUGCCACGAACAUUGCUUAGUUUUGGCCACAGAAAAACAGCAGAUAUUUUAAAUUAUCCUGAAAUACAAAGGACUAUAAAUCCCCUUUCUUAUAUUUUACGAAGGCUAAAACACGUUUUGUGGAAAGCGUGAGUCAGGCUUGUCAGAUUUUUCAGAGUAUUUUGGAGUAAUAAUUUAAUAGCGCGAACCAGCAAAGUCGGUGAUAAAAUGGGGCCGAUUCUCCAGGUCCAUACCUAACGUUUAAAAAUAUUUGCAUAUUCGACAAACAAGCAUUAGCUCGAUGCGCAGUUUUUGUUGCGGCUUUCCUGGAUGUUUAUUGGCCAGUUGUGGAAACUAAAAUUGUAGGUUGGCUCUAGCCUGAGUAUCAGGCCCUUGUCCUUAGCGUGUAGGGGAGAGGAGAUUUUUACACGAAUGAAUAGGAAUGAUAGCGGAGGUCCACGCGCGCGAAGCCCCGCAGCUAAGUAAAUCCACCCAUCCCAGAAAAUUCGGGUAAUCACGUGACCAUACACCGCCCGUCCGUCCGCACCACAGGGAAACCAAUUGUCAAUCUCAUACUUUCUAGCUAGUUUGGGAGCACUUAUUGCACAUCAAUGUUGUGAUCAAUUGAAAGCUGUCAAAACAGAGUAUCCGCUGACCAGUAUCACAUCACCUGACCGUAUCGCGGGCUCAGGUGUGGACCCCAUGGAGGUCAAGUAUUUUUUGAAGUUUUCCGCUGAUAAGUUACUAGUUUACAAAUGAUCGCAGGCUCAAGUUUCAUUUUUUCGAUUUUUUGGCCACCCGUUUGUCACGCUCUACUUCCAAUUUUUAUGCUCUGAUUGGUCAAAAUUUGACAGGUCGGUUCAUGCGGAAAAUUUAUGCAACAUCUUGAAUCUUUUUUACUUUGACAGCUGCAGGUGACAGAGUUUUGAGUCAACCUGUGAUAUUUUUAACUGUCUUUCUCCACUGGAUGUACCAAAUGAAAUUCAGCUGCUAUCAGGAGUCUUCUGUUAUUCAUGGCUAGUUUGUUUAUUGGGUUUUUGGUUGAGAAAUAGUUCGCUUGUCAGAGUCGGAAAUCCGAUUUUAGAUGGCAUCGUUUUCGGUUUUCACCUUGCUUGAUGCGUAAGAAUGUUGAAAAGUCUGAAGCGAUACUGGCAUGGCUUCCUUGAUAGCUUUCAGGAGCUGCAUCUCAAAUGGUAAGCCUGAGUAAUUAGUGUAUUUGAUUUUUGUUUUUCAUAUCUAAUUUAAUGAAGUCGAGCUUAGUUUAUGCGGCUAUUUAGUUUGUGCACGUCAGGAGCCGCUCCUGGUGCACGUUUGUAGACCGAGAUCAGGUCAUGACAGAACUUGAAAAAGCCUUUAGACAUUUUCUCACCGCAAAUAGAAAGAAAACGUUCCAAAGAAUAUUUAGUUAUAAUUCUGGCUGUAAAAGAAAGCUUUGAGCCACGAGUUUAUCUUUGAAAAAAGCAAACACCGGGAAGCUGACUUAAAACAUAAACUUUGGAAGCUUUAAGGUGAUUCACUGGUUUUGCACUGCGCAUCUCUUACUGCCCAUAACAAGAUGGCCACCGUAACAAAGAGCGUCUGAAGUAACAUUAUUAAAAUGAAGUUGACUGAAGAGAAACGCUAUUGGAAUUUUCGCUUGGGGUUGUUUCUUGCCGAGAUGAGACUCAAUGUGUUGGCAAUGUGCAUAACGUAAGCAGUGCGCGUGUUGUGAGUUCGACAUCCUCACAGAGAACCUCGCCGAGUGGAUGUUAAACUUUUACCAACCUUACUCACUUUGAUUUUCAUCUAAACGCCUUCUUUCUCACAUUGUGUCCUAACUGUGAUAUCUCGAUGUAAAUUCUGUAAAAGCAGAUUUUUUAUUCUUUUCUUUCCCCUUUCACAUACGUGCCAUUUUGAAUCUCGCCUCAGUCCUCUCUCAAAAAUCGGAGAAAAUGCAUUUGGUGCGCACUUUCUGCAGCUCUAUCGCAAAAACGAGUACGGUGACCACCAUUUUUUAUUUCGUGGUUUUAAUAAGGACAGUGCUUCCUUUCGAUGAGAAAAAAAUUGGCACAAAUCUAUGCUCAUUUGUUUGGCAAUUUUUUUUAAAUUGUACAGAUUGAGCUAUCACGGGUCGAAUAGCGUGUGUCCAAUUUAAAUCUACUUUGGAGGGUAAAAUAAAAACAAGGGCGUUAAAAGGCAUUUUUCUGGUACGUAAGUGGAUAAACAAUACAUUUAAGUCAAAUUCUGUGCGAUACCACAUGCAUCAUCAAAAAAAAUCUCUCCUUUUUGUCUACUUUUGGGUGCGCGCGGUUUUUGUCAAAGGGUCCUAAAUAGCAGUAUUUGUCAGCAUUGUGACGUCAAAACAAGCAAGGUGACCGCCCCCUUUUUAUUCCUUUUUUAGCAUCUUCUUGACUUGUUACAUCAGUGUCCCGAAAAUUCUAGAUCUCAAAUCGUUUUCCGAACAGAUAUUUUCCAAAAAUUGUCGUUGGGUCCCCUUAACAUUCGCCGUAUCUGGCCGCAGACCGCUCGCGCAUAAUAAGUGUCACCACAUUAAUUGUAAAGAAAAUAAGAGACUGCUCGAGACUUAAUCGUGUUAACCCGCCAAAUUUACGUUUCCAGCGUUAAAGCACAUUAAAGUAAGGGGGUGUUGUACAUGACACCGGCGCGAAUUCACUCUGGCUCCCUCUCGUGGCUCCGUAUUUGUUUACAUGAUAUCAACACAAAAUGUCAUGUCGGCGUGAGUUCACCCCGGUUGUUGUACUAUCGCAUGGCUGGCCACCAAAUCAUAAGCCAUUCCGUUCAGCUUAGCCCUCCGCCUCCGCCGUAUCUGCUCUACAGAUGCUAAGUUUUAACAUUGCAUUAAUGAACUUAAAACAUAUCUCCUUGCUCGAGGUUAUAAUAAUAAUUUCCUAGAAAAACAGUUCCUACGCGCUGCUAAUAUUUCUCGUACUAACGCGUUACAGACUAAACCCAAAGCUUCUAACGAUGUUGUACCAUUUGUUGGCACAUAACCCAGCACUUCCACGCAUUUCUAAUAUCCUACGCAAACAUUUUAACAUCUUACACUCCUCUAACCGUUGCAAAGACGUCUUUAAGCAACCGCCUUUUGUUGCUUACAGACGUAGCUCUAAUCUUCGUGACCUUUUAGUUAAAGCACAACUACCCGUUAUCUCCACCAAUCAUUUUCCGCCAGGCUGCUUCCGUUGUGGACAGAAUUGUGUCACUUGUCCAUACAUUACUAACGGCCUCACAAGUUAUACCUUUUACGCUACCGGUGAAACACGCUCCAUCACUUCACACAUUACUUGUAACACUAAAAAAUGUGAUCUACAUGGUUCAAUGUAACCGUUGGAAUUUACAAUAUAUAGGUCCCGGGUGGGGGGGGGGGGUACUGCCAUAUAUGGGCUAUAUGGGUAUGUGCCGCUGUGAAGGGUAUGGUUUUCAAGCAGUUUACUCUAGGAUAGGGUAUAUAAAUCAGAGCGUUUGGGUCUAGAAUAGGGUAUCAUUUUUCAGGAAACUGAUCAGUUGGUUGAAGAUUUUAUCUAGACAGGAGCCCAUCUGAUCUAGACUGAGGAAACAGCUACUCUAGGAUAGGGGGAUUUUGGGAGUUUACUCUAGUAUAGGGUAGCAAAAUUCAGCUGAACUAGCUCUGGUAUAGGUCAAGGGUUCCAGGGUCCCAGCGGCACAUCCCCACCCAGAAAUUCCUUAAGUGCCCCCCCCCCCCGGGAUAUAGGUGAAACUAAGCGACGUCUCAAAGACAGAUUUAACGAACACAGACGUGCAGUCGACAAAACUAACAUUAAAUCUAAACCCACUACUGUUUCUGAACACUUUCUCUGUCACUCUAACCAUUCUCAUACUGACAUGCAGUUAAUCCCACUAGAGAAAAUUCAUUCUUCACGUGACUCAGUUCGUAAGGCCAGGGAGUCGCAUUUGAUAGAUAAGGCCAUGACUCUUGAACCUCAUGGCCUAAACCGCCGUGACGAAUUAUUGUAAUCCAUAUCCUUAGUAUUUUUCCUUUCCAGUUUUUAUGUUGUACGUCAUUUCCGCCUCUCCCUUUUACUGCGACAUUCUCCAUCUAUAUAAUAUUGUGAUCGCUACAUAAGUUCAGUAACAUCUGUAAACCUUACGAAAGGCUGGUAUAGCCAGCCGAAAUAUUGAUAUAAAAAACAGUACACUUUGUUUUAAAUCAGCUUUGCAGUAGUCUUUGGACUUCUCGUUCUUGGUUCUUUAUAUUUUGGCUGAUUUGAUCUCUUUUCUAGAGAUCCAACGUUUACAACUAGCGGGAUCUUCGUCCACGGUUUUUGCAGUCAAUUUAAUCCACCAAAUCAUAGUUCCCAGUGUAGAAGGGCUUAAAAGAAAACGUUACAAGGCCAAAAACUUCAUAAAGCAUCUUAAACCGGACCAUUCUGCGAAAUGAUAGAUCUUCCUUUGCCCAAUUGUUGACGGUGGUUACACCCUGUUGUCUCUGUGGCGUGAAUACAGUAAGUCAUAUGGAAUAGGGCAAAGAUCACGUGAGAGGACCUGUACCAAACCCAGACAACAAGGCAAUGGGAAAACAUGUGACCGACUUGGCGAAGCAGCAGAUGUUAAAUUGUGCUUCAACGAAUCGAAUGCAUCAGUACUGACGGCCAAUUCCGUGUUAAGCAGUUAAAUUUUCUUAGUUAUAUUGCGCGAAAUCUAUUAAACGGUAAAUUUUAAAUCUAUUUUAAAACUAAGACUUUCAAACUGGUUGACCGACAUUUUCUAGCCGUUUGAAAUGUUUAGUCAACAAUGUAAAGUAUAAGCGAAUAAUGGAGGAAGAGAUGAAUUGUUUAAAGCAGCUUAUUUUUUCUUUUUUCUUUUCCUUAGCCUGCGAUAAGGUGACUGAUGUCGGCAUCAUCAUAGACUCUUCCAGCAGCAUUCAACGUGAUGGUUACGAGACCGUGAAAGCGUUCUUAGUCAAGCUGGUUGACAAGAUGCACGUUUCGCGUCGAAUGACACACGUUGCUGUCAUUCAUUACAAUCACGAAGCGUAUCUGGACUGGGACUUUAACGCCCCUCAGGCCAAAGAUUCCACCCUUCUCAAGGCAGCCAUCUUGAAAUUAAGGUACCAGUCGGGAGGGACUAGGACCGACAAAGCCCUGGAAAAGGCCAGCAAAGAAAUGUUUAACGACGCUCACGGCCAGAGACCUAAUGUUCCCCAUGUGCUGGUUGUUAUAACAGAUGGAAAGACUAGCUCUAGAUCGAAACCAUACCCGAAAGUUCAAAAGCCUUUAAAGGUAAACAUACGAAAGUUUUCUGCUGUUUUUUGGGGUCUCAAUGCAUGGGAUGGUAGCCUUGACGGUUAAUUUUUUCAAUUCUGACGGUUGGCGCUUCAAUUUUGGACCUUUUGACGUUUAACUUUUAUUAAGUGAAAAUUUAUUCCAAGAGUUUACAAAUAUUAAACAAUUAUUGGAUGAGGUUGAGCAUGAUAACAUGAAUUAUCAAAACCGAGGUCUGUGUUCGGCUUCGGCAGAUAAUACAGACACGAGGUUUUGAUAAUUCAUGAUAUCAUGGGAAAGCAGAAUUCAAUAAUUGUAUUAUUAUACAUUUUUUUAAACAAUAGGCAAAAGAAGACAUUCAUCUGUUGAAAAAUGGCUUUAUUUCAAAACUAAGGUGAAAGUGACACUGAUAAGCGUAACCAAGAACAUUUAAAAAUUUUAAAAUACAAUAAUAAAACCUUUGUCUGAAUAAAGUAUACAUUAAAAUAGAAAAAUCCUUAACGGUAAAUCUUUAUAAACAUUAAUUGAGAAUAAUUCAUUCUCAGAAACAGAAGCGAAGCGUUCAGCCAUUCUGUUUCUGAGGAGAACACUCCAAGGGGCUUGGUAACCAGGCAGACGUUAAACUUGACAUGAUAAAUGCAAUAUCUGCAGCAGAUAUUGCAUUUAUCAUGUCAAGUUCACAAGCUAUUGUGAAUCGAUUGAAUGCUUUCGACCAAUCAGAUUUUUCAUAGUGAGUCUGAUGUAUAAUAAUAAUUAUUAUUAACUGUUGUGUUUUAGAGGUUGUCUUGGCUUUUCACUCAUAUGAAAUUUCGAAAUGCUUUUAGAUAUAAGCAAGUUGUAAGGUUUUGUAAUGUCUUGAGAGAGUGUUUUGAGAACAUGGGAACUGGUUUUUCAACAACAAGUUUUAUAAUUCGAUGCAAAUUUUUCUUCCUUUUCAUUGGCCGAAAGCCCACCACGUGACCUGCGAAUGAUUGCCUACAAAUAAUGGUCUGCUCAUGCGUAAUGUCGUCCAACUGUGUUGGCUGCAAAUAUAAUAUUCUGCUCAUGCGUAAAGGAAACCACGCUUUUCUCCUUCUUGCGAUCGCUUUUGCGUGAAAAUGACGGAUCGCUUCGCAAAUAAUUAAAAACACAGUGAUCGAAUGAUAAAACAGUUAUUGAACUCGGUUAGCGCAAAACAUCGUCAUCUGUCAGUGUCUCUCAGAUCAAUUACCGUAUUUAUUCGAUUAACCGCCCCGGGCGCUUAUUAAUUUUUUGGAGCUUGAGAGUGGGCGCUAAUUCGAGGCUGGGCGCUUAUUAAAUUUUCACCAUUUUUAGCAAGUUACUGUAGUAGCAACAAAACAAUAAAUGGUAAUAACAAAACGCGGAAGAUGUGACAAAGCAAGGUUUCUGUAAAAUACUCUGAAGAAAACUACGUCUUCGGGGAAGUCUCUUAUUGGUACGUAUUCAAUUUAAAUUUUAAUCUCAUUGUCACUCAAGUCAAUAUUUUGGUGGUGCCUCCUCGAUGUCCGACAUCGUAACGUCGGCAAAUGAGUUGGUCGCCCGAGAAGCAAACAAUGAAUCUAGAGAUUGUAAGCCAGUGAAUAACAAUAAUCAAUACUACAUCUCGCGCACUUAACUUUUUGGGGGGUGGGAGCCGGGGGAGGGGAUGGGGUGGGGGUGGGCGCUUAUUUGAGUUCGAGUGAGAGGGGAAGAGAGGGGCGCUUAUUAACUUUUUCUGCCUUUAGGAUGGGCGCUUAUUCGAGGUGGGUGCUAAUUCGAGGUUGGGCAUUUAAUCUAUAAAUACGGUAUUUCCCGAAGCCGAAUUUUUUUUUUGUUCUGCUCGCUUCUCACAAAUCUCGAAAUUUUGCUCAACUUCGUCCAAUGGUUGUUAAUUUUGAAAACAGUCCUAGAAAUGGUAUGUUAGGUUCUGUUUUAGUAAAGAACAUAUCUCUUAAAGAAGAAGAGUUUGUCUAGUUUGGGCAAUCUGAUAAAAAAUGAGUUUCCUUUUUUAAAGGGUUUUUUUUAUUAGGCAAUACAUCAACUAUUAGGAACACUUCGUUGAGUAAAUCUCAGAUAGCGGCCAUCGUCAGCUUGAGAUAUGUGGAAAACAGACAAAAUAGUGUUGAACAAACCGUCUUGGUUUUUAGUGUGUCAAAAUAUAAACGAGUAUCUCGAUCUCUCCCAAACAGGACCAGGGAGUGAAGAUCAUUGCCAUUGGAGUUGGCCAGUCCGUGGAUAAUAACGAGCUGACUCAGAUCGCCAUGGGAAAACUAGACAACGUCGUCCAUGUGAGCAAAACUGACGAACUUGUCACCAAGGUCGACGAGAUUGUUAAGAAAACUUGCGCACUGGGGAGAAUCAAUUUUAAAUAAGACUAUGAGUAAGUAUUAAGUUUUGUUCACUUGCCAAAAACAUAGCAUCAACCUAUUGCAAGCUAAUAUUGCCAGUCAGAAAGUGAAGAAAAAUAAAAGUUUUUCUCUGACAACUUCCUGCAAUUUCUCUGAUUCCUGAUAUUUUUUGGAUACUUUCUUGCCCCUAGUUUUCCUUAUGGCAUACCAGACAACAUACCAGACGGCAGUGAGAAGCGUGUGACACCUUUGUCAUCUUUGCCGUCCCAGAAUGAAUUAACUGUCCAUUACUUGGAUAGUAAAGUCAGUAAGGCCGUGCGCAUUCGCAGUUAAAUUUUGUGGCUGGACAUUGAAUGGUAAUUGUUGCUAGGGAAAACCGCAAGUUAUUUCAUGUUUCUUCUGAACAUUUUGCCAACCAAAUCACCUAAGAAUGUCUGAACGUUGCUCGGUUUUUGUGGCUACUGCCUUCCUUUCGGAAAGGCGUAAUAUCUUGGUGUUAAGAGUAAGUCCGUAAGUCUGUAAGUCGGUAAACUUCCACAGGAAACCCAAUACGUAUAACCUCGGCCAAAUAUACUUGGCCCCGUUGGUUGUUCAGUUGCGGCCGCAUAAGAGGUAAAAGUAUUUUACAAAGAAAAUGGAGGCGAUUUGGACCAUUAUCUUUAAAAUAGUAACGAAAAUAGGGGUAAGAGAGUACAUCUAUAAUGCACUUAGCAGACGAGUUUGCUUCCACCGGCAACAUGUUCUUCAAUUCAAACGCGAUGAACUGGGUGAAGUUUAGGCUUUGAGCAUUUUAGCGCCAAACAUUUUUUAUAUGUUUGCAUUGUGCCUUCAGUUAUUUCUGCUUUGGUUUAGAAAAAACAAAUAAAUUAAAAAGAAGACAUAACUGAAUUACGAUAGAUUAAUAACGGGCACAAACGUCUUAAAUUAUGAGUCAACUAUGCAUGUCUGUGUCUUUUCAAAGAUUUGAUAUUUUCUCCAUGAUAACACCACGGCAGAUCGUAGUUAAAUGUGUCAUUUUCUUUUUUUUCAGGUCAAGACAAGAGAAGGAGGUUAUAAGCUUAAAAAAGCUAAUACUAAU